CCGUCGGCCAUUGACUAAAACAUCCAGAAGGAGUGGGGCCCAUGUCAUCUGAAGUAAUCCACACACAAAAUAAGAAACCCAAGUCCAUAUCAUAUCAUAUCAUAUCAUAUCAUCUUCAAGGAUACUUGUACUCUGCAAAUAAUUUCUUGCCAUCAUGAAUUUCUCACGGUGGUUGCUCAUGAUAGUCGUAAUAGUAGUAGAUGCAGUCAAUGGUGGACUAGGCCAUGAAGAUUGCACAGAAACAAGAUGUGGCCCGGGAGAACCAGCCAUCCGAUUCCCAUUUCGACUUAAAGGUAGGCAGCCAAUCCAUUGUGGCUUCCGGGGAUUUGAUGUUUCAUGCACCGACGACAACCAGACUAUACUCGAGAUGGCAUCAUCAACUAAGCUCCGUGUUUAUGAGAUUGACUACAGAUCUCAUGCAAUUACAGGACUUCCUUAUGAUGGUUGCUUGCCAAGGGAGUUGUUUAACAGUAAUGGUUCUUAUCCCUUUGAAUUCGUACGCCCCGCAACCUUAUUCAGUUGUCCACCGUCAACAGUAAGAGAUAAAUAUUGUUCCAGCAUGUAUGUUAGAGGUGAUCUGGCGAGAUUGAGCCCAUGCCAUGGCAACAAUUCUGGUAACCAUAAUUACGCUGUCCUUGGUGAUUAUUGUUACAUUGAUGAAAUGCCCCUAGUGUCUUGUAUUAAGGUGCAUGACUACACAUCAAAUCCUAAAUAUAUAUCUGAGAGAGGAAUAUUGCGUUGGUCCAUUCCAUCAUGUGAACAUUGCAAAGGUCGUAAUCUUAGAAAGACAAUUCUGAAGAUAUUAGGUAUUUUUGCACUUUGUUUAGUUCUAAUAGCGACAGGGACGACAGUCUACUAUGUCUACAACUCAAACAAAAAGGAAAAAGAAAAUCAGCUUAGAAUUGAAAGAUUUUUGGAUGAAUACAGAGCGAGGAAGCCAAGUAGAUAUUCCUAUGCUGAUAUUAAGAGGAUAACAAGUCAAUUCAAGGAAAAGUUGGGUCAAGGGGCCUAUGGAACGGUGUUCAAAGGAACUCUUUCCUCAGAGUUACUUGUUGCUGUGAAAAUGCUCAACAAUUCAAAUGAAAAUGGGGAAGAUUUCAUAAACGAAGUGGGGACAAUGUGUCAAGUCCACCAUGUCAAUGUGGUUCGCUUGGUUGGAAUUUGUGCCGACGGAUUUAUUCGUGCCCUUGUUUACGAAUACUUACCAAAUGGUUCUUUAUUGCUAGACCAAGAUUUCACUCCAAAAGUUUCUGAUUUCGGUUUAGCCAAGUUUUGUGCUAAGGAUCAAAGUGCAAUAUCGAUGACUACAGCCAGGGGGACCAUGGGCUACAUUGCACCCGAAAUCUUCUCAAGGAACUUCGGCAAUGUCUCCUAUAAGUCGGAUGUCUAUAGUUUUGGAAUAUUGUUGCUUGAAAUGGUUGGAGGCAGAAAAAACUUUAAAGUCAUGGAGGACUCCACUAGCCAAGUCUACUUCCCAGAAUGGAUCUAUAACCUUUUAGAGCAAGGCAACGACCUACGAAUCCAUAUCGGUGAUGACGAAGGAGAUGUAACAAUUGCUAGGAAACUUGCAAUUGUGGGUCUAUGGUGCAUCCAAUGGCAUCCAAUAGAUCGUCCUUCAAUGAAAGUUGUAGUUCAAAUGUUGGAAAGAGAAGGUGAGAAUCUCGCCAUGCCUCCUAAUCCUUUUGCCAGCACUUCGAGUUGAAGGAGAAUAUAAUGAACAGACCUCUAUGCUGAAGAAG